GCCGGGGGCGGUGGCGGCGCCUCCCCGUGCGGCGGCAGCCAGUGAGCUCGGUGGUGGGCGGCCGGGCGGGGUUUCCCGGCCAGGUGGGUGCCAGUGGGAAGCGGAGCUGAGCUGAGCCGAACCGAGUGGGCUGGCCUGUGCUGCCGGCAUGGUGCGGCAGGAGCUUGCCGGGGUGCCGGGGCUGGCGGCGGCGGAGAAGGAGGAGGAGGAGGAGGAGGGGAGGGAGGAGGCGGCGGCGGCGGCCGCCUCUGCCGUUGCCGCCGCCACCGCCACCACCGAGGUGCGGCUGUCCCGGCGUCGCUGGGCCCUAGUGCUGCUCUUCAGCAGCUACUCCCUGUGCAACGCCUUCCAGUGGAUCCAGUACGGCAGCAUCAACAACAUCUUCACGCGCUUCUACGGUGUGAGCGCCUUCGCCAUCGACUGGCUCUCCAUGAGCUACAUGCUCACCUACAUCCCCCUGCUCUUCCCCGUCGCCUGGCUGCUAGACAAGAGGGGCCUGCGGGUCAUCGCCCUGGCCGGCUCGGCCCUCAACGCUCUGGGUGCCUGGGUGAAGCUGGGCAGCCUGAAGCCGCACCUCUUCCCCAUCACCGUCCUGGGGCAGGUCAUCUGCUCCCUGGCCCAGGUCUUCAUCCUGGGCAUGCCCUCACGCAUCGCCUCUGUCUGGUUCAGCUCCCAAGAGGUCUCCACUGCUUGCUCCUUCGCUGUCUUUGGGAACCAGCUUGGCAUUGCUGUGGGCUUUCUGGUUCCUCCAGUUCUGGUUCCCAAUGUGGAGGAUGUGGAGAAGCUGGCCUACCACAUCAGCAUCAUGUUCUUCAUGACUGCAGGUGUGGCAACAGCCCUGUUCAUCCUGGUUGUCAUAGUCUUCAAGAAGAAGCCCCCUUACCCUCCAAGCCGAGCUCAGGCCUUGAUCCAGUCAAGACCAACAGAGGAGUAUUCAUAUGUGCGAUCAAUCCUCCGUCUGCUCCGCAAUGCCAACUUUUUGCUGCUUAUGGUCACUUACGGUCUGAAUACAGGUUGCUUCUACGCCCUGUCCACUCUGCUGAACCGCAUGGUGAUCCAACACUACCCAGGGAAGGAGGUGAAUGCUGGCAGGAUUGGACUCACCAUUGUACUGUCGGGGAUGGUUGGGGCUCUGAUCUCCGGCAUCUGGUUGGACAGAACCAAAGCCUACAAACAGACAAUACUAGUCGUCUAUAUCAUGUCGCUGGUGGGAUUGAUAGCCUACACCUUCACUCUGAGCCUAGGACACCUCUGGGUGGUUUUUGUGACUGCAGGCAUGCUGGGGUUUUUCAUGACAGGAUACCUUCCCCUGGGCUUUGAGUUUGCUGCAGAGUUGACAUACCCAGAAUCAGAAGGAACAUCAUCAGGGCUCCUUAAUGUUUCAGCACAGAUUUUUGGUAUUGCUUUCACCAUCGGCCAAGGGCAAAUCAUGGAUUGCUUUGGGACGAAGGCAGGAAACCUUUUCCUUUGUUCCUUUCUGUUCCUGGGGACUGUUAUGACAGCAUUCAUUAAAGCUGAUCUCCGAAGACAGCAGGCCAAUUUGGAUAAUGAACAGACAAGACUCCAAGGCAGCAAUCAGAUCACGGAUUACGGGACUGUAGCUUGUAACUCUAACCCCAUCAAUCCCCACUUCUGCUCACUAGCUCAUACACAAAGUUUGUGUAAGAGGCUACUCAAAAUGAAACUGUUUCGUAUCUCUCGCUUCCAUGCUGCCUGGACUUCUCUUGAACUGCACUGGAGAUGUGAACCUCUGUCCUGUGCACCUCUGACUCCUGCCUCAGAUGUCAGUCUUGCCCCACAAAAGUGAUGCCAGAAGCCUGCGCUCAUCCCAUAGUCCUUGAGGAAUCAAAGCUGUGAAAUGGAGCGGUGGCAGAGCUGGGAGAUACAGCCCCCCUCAUUCCCAUCUUUGCUACUUACGCUGUCCUCCUGUUACGUGUGCACCAUGGUAGGGGGGCAGCCUCGGGCCAGGGGCCCAGUGAACUGCUUGUGGAGAGUGUGAAAGAGCAAACCAAGAAGGGUGUUGCUCUCUUCAGUUAUACCUCUGCAUCUCGCUGUUUUGGAGACUUUGCUUGGGAAGGAAAGUUGGGAAAACCCACUGUUUUCCCUCCAUCCCACCAUGCAUGCUUGGAAAAUAUAAAAGCACACAUGCGGAGAAAAACUGUAGUUCCAGACUAGCCCUGAGCACACGAGGGUGGCACCCUGCAUGUGGCUGUGUCUCAUCUCACAGGCAGGCUGUGACAUGAAAUGCACAAGCUGGGUCAUGCUUACUCUGUGAGCAGCCCUGGAAGAGCUUUAUGCUGGCUCUCAGGAAGAGGGAUGGCUCUGCCUUGGUGCCCAUAACGUGCUGUGUCGUACGGGUGAUGGUAGAGGCCUCAGUACAUCACCAGCAAGUGCAAAUUAGUGCUCUGCCACUGCCGGCUCUGGUUUUACAGUGUGGCUGUCCCAGAUGAAGCACUCUGGAUAAAACUCAGCUCAGAAUUCACUGAGGUUGCUCUGAUGUUCCUAUCUAUUAGGAGUAAUUGAGAGAUACCAAUCUCUCUCCUACCUGGAGGCAAGGACUAGUACUGUAGCUUAUGCUGAAGCUACAGCCUAAGUCCAGAUCAUCAGUACAGCAGCCACAGGAGUGAGUCAGCCCACAAGCUCCCUCAGCUGAGGACUCUGUCUUCCUUCUUAAUGAUAAAGUGUCUUUUGCAUGUUUCAACACUACAUAAAAAAUUUUGUGAAAUGUUACAUUGAGAUAACCAGCCAAGGCUGUGUUGCUCUCCACAGUCCCAGAGAGGGGUUUAGUAUGAUGGGAAUCCAGUUUUGCUCCAGUGUGGAAGCUUCCCGCUUUGCAAUAGAAAACAGGAAAAGAAAUCUUUCUUACCAGCAUCUGUGUCUUGUAGACACUGCCCCUCUAUAUGUUGCUGUUUAUCUUCUAAACACAGCUGUAGAUCCUUAUAUCCCUUUUCCUUCUUUUGCAGCAUCCCUCCUCUGGUGGAGAUAUCAAGUAUCCUUAUACUCCUUAAAUCAUGCACUUAUGCAUAUAUCAUUUGGGGGGCAACAGGGACACAAAAACCACCCCAUGGAAUGGAUAAAAAUAGUCCCUUUGGCAUACCACUUUUGACAUAACAUUUCUUGGGUGAAAUUAUAAUCUUCUGACACAUUAAAAAAUUCAAGUCCUAUUGUUAUAGUUUGGGAUUGAGGAUGGGGGUUCUAGAAUGGCUUUUCAAUAGAAGAUUUUAUAUAAAAUAAAAACAUUUGAAGUGUA